ACCACAGCAUAGCAAUGCAGUUCCUCCGUGCCAAGCGUGCCACAAACAGAAACACAGAAACGGAAGAAACGGGCGACAUCGAUGAGUUCAGGAUAAAUUCUUCAAAGUACCUAACUUUCAUCGAAAAACUCCGAGCGAAACUGACCCAGCCGAGCGUAAAGUACGGUUCAAUUCGGUUGACCAAAUCGGACAACGGAAUCACCAAGGUCAUCCUGAAGAGUGGAUCUACGCAGGUACCGUUCAUCUUUCGAAACAGUGACCUGUACAUCGUUGGAUUCGUGCUGGGAUCGGGACCAACGGCGGUGUUCUGGACUGAUCAUGCUGUGUUCGAAACCUUAUCGUCCCAGCUCACUGGUAAUAAAUUACCAACUCGCCACGAGUGGCGAACAGUUUUGGGGGAUGUGACGGUUAAAACGCUGUCAAUAACGCUCGUUUACGACGAUAUCAACAAAUACAACAAUUGGAAUGUUCCGAUCAACAAGAUGGGAAAAUCGCUGGAGCAGCUUGCCAUGAUAGGAGAUGGCAGCGGAAAAGUUGCAAUCGUCGAAAAAAACAUUAUGCCUUUUGUGGUAGCUUUUUCCGAAGCAAUCCGUUUUAAGGUAAUCUGUAAAGCAGUGCAAGAUGUCUUCACCAAGGAUGGCGGAACUUUUAACAUGAAAUCAAAUGCUUUAAAUCCGGCUGGUGCCGGUGGUCCAGAUCAGCGAAGAAAAACCGCCUACGACUACGAAUGGCUCGUACAACACUGGGGUCAGAUUUCAGACAGGGUGAAGCCAUGCUACGACGGCAAGGUGACAUCUCCGUUCAACUUCCAUGGUGAAGAGCUUUGGUUAGGUAAGGAGCAGCUUGGCCAGUUGUUGAGCGUUGCCAUGGCGAGCUCCUUCACGUCUCGUACCAAACGGGGUGCCCCGAACUGGCUGAACAUUCCACUGGAAAAGCAAGCCGGUGCCAUGCCCAACCUACUGGAAUCGUCAUCCACUUCGGCCAACCAACCAGCGGUCGCUAACCGCUUCGAACUGGCCGGAGCCCUGCAGCUGAUCUCCUUCGGCAUUCUGUACCUUUCGGGUCAGAAGCUGAAGACGACGGAGUACGAGAGCGCCUUGGCCCCCCGGGAAGCGCAAGCCAUUGCGGCCGAUCUGGCGGCGAAGAUCAACUGUGUUGCCAAGGUAGAUUCUGGCUUUGACGAGGACAUGCGAAUGCAGCGUGAGCUGUACGCGGGACUGAUGGGGGAAGCGGAUAUGGAACAGGUGAUGCUCGGUAUGGUUGAGAGAAAGAUGCAGCAGAUCGAUGUUGAGGAAGCUGUAGGGAAGAUUAAUUUUGAACUGGCGAAGGAAUAUAAGGCUGAGAUUGCUGAAGGUGCUGAUUUUUCUGGACAAUCUUGUUUUUAGUGUUUGUUGCAUAUUUUGUAUUUUUCUUCAUGUUAAUUUGAACAAUAAAUAA